CCCCCCCCACCCCACCCCACCCUACCCCAGCACCACAACACAGCCCCCUUCUUCUCAUAGCAUCCAUCUUGAGGAGGAGAAGACGACUUAUCCUCACCGAUCCGCUGCUGGUGGUAGGUGAGAAAGCCCAGGAGCGAAGGCAACAUUGUUAACAACAUUGAUGGGACCAGUCUACUUCCAAGAAUAGUUAGAAACGUCUCUCAUGCAUUGAUAGGAAUAUGAAGGCAGAGGAGUUGCAAGAUCGGCUGUCAUGACAAACCUGUGCAAGUUCCGAGCGAGGAAGCGCCGCUGAGAGCAUGCACGACGGCGAGCGGCACCGAGACUCAAGCACGACGGGACUAAAAUGGACCGCUCGGCACCAUUUACUCCGGCGAUGCACUUUGUAUUCGCUGCUGCUGCUGCUGCUGCUCGGCGUGGACGUGACGUGGAGCGCCGCGGAGCCGCUGGCCUCCGAUGACUUUGCCUUCUUCCACGAGGGCACGCGAGGGUGCCUGGGGGUGCACGCGCGCUCCCUGGUCCUGUCCACCUCCUGCCGAGAGGCCGGCCAGCGCUGGAAGUGGGUGACCCGCGGCCGCCUCUUGAACCUGGCCUCCUCGCUGUGCCUCGGCGUGACCAGCAGCAACGACACGGCCUCGGGGCCCGGCCGCACCCCUCUGAGCGUGUACACGUGCGACCGCCAGCCCCCCGAGGUGAGCUGGACGUGGACCUGCGGUCAGGUGCUGGAGGACCUCAGUAAAUACUUGCCCUGGCCUUCCUUUUCCAACGCGUCCACACCCGUCACGUCCAGCUCCAAAUGGAGCGUGCAUGGCGGCGAGCAGGACCUGUGCGCCAAAACAUAUCGAGAAAUCUACACCAUCCAGGGCAACUCCAACGGGCAGCCGUGCUACUUCCCCUUCCUGUACGACGGCCAGUGGUUUCACAACUGCACCGGCAUCGGACGCGAGGACGGCCACCUGUGGUGCGCCACCACCUACGACUACGCCCAAGACGAGCGCUGGGGCUUCUGCCCCGUCAACAGCGGCGGCUGCGAGACCUUCUGGGAAACGGACCCGCUGACGGACAGCUGCUACCAGUUCAACUUUCACGGCUCGCUGUCGUGGAGCGAAGCGCGCAUCAGUUGCCAGCAGCAGGGCGCCGACCUGCUCAGCGUCACCAAACUGCACGAGCAGACCUACAUCAACGGCCUGUUGACCGGCUACAGCGCAGCCUUGUGGAUCGGCCUCAACGACCUGGACUUCAACGGCGGCUGGCAGUGGGCUGACUCGUCGCCACUCAAGUACCUCAACUGGGAGCAAGACCAACCGAACCACGAAGACGAGGAGAACUGCGUGGCGAUCAGGACGGAGUCGUCGGGCCGCUGGCAAAACCGCGACUGUUCCGACGCGCUCCCUUACGUGUGCAAGAAGAGGCCCAACGCAACUCUGGACCCUUUCACCACCGACUCGUGGGCGGACGAUGAGAAGUACGAGUGCGAAGUCGGGUGGCAGGCGUUCCAAGCGGGCUGCUACAAGCUGGUGGCCGAAAAAGGCGACUGGGACGCGGGGCUGAGGACCUGCCAGAAGAUGGACGCCAACCUGGUCAGCAUUCACACGUUGCCCGAGCUGGAGUUCAUCCUGCGCAACAUCAAGAAAGACACGGAGCAGCUGUGGCUCGGCCUCCACGACACGGCCAUGCAGAUGGACUUCCACUGGAGCGACCGCACGCCCGUCAUCUUCACCUACUGGCACCCGUUCGAGCCCAACAACUUCCGCAACACUCAGGAAGACUGCGUGUCCAUGUGGGGAGCGGAUGGCCGCUGGGACGACAGCCCGUGCAACCUCACCCUGCCCGCCAUCUGCAAAAAGGCCGCCACCAAGAACGAAGGCAAACCUCAGCAUCAAGACUGCAAACAAGGCUGGAAGUGGCACAGUCCAUCUUGCUACUGGGUGUCGGAGGACCUCUUGACCUUCAACGAGGCCCGGAAGUCGUGCGAGGAAAACAAGGCGUCGCUCCUCACCAUAACCAACAGGUUCGAGCAGGCCUUCGCCAAUAGUUUGGUGUUCGGUCGUUCCGACGAUUCCUUCUGGAUCGGUCUUCACAACCAGGGCACCCCCGGCUCGUUCCACUGGCAGAGCGGGGAACGAGUCUCCUACACCAACUGGAACCGAGACCAGCUAGUCGGCGCCCGCGGGGGCUGCGUCUCCAUGGCGACCGGCUCGUCGACCGGCCUGUGGGAGGUGAGGGACUGCGCGUCGUCCAAGGCCAAAUACAUCUGCCGCCAGAACCGGGAGGCCGCGACGAGCCCCGAGCCCCCCGUCCUUGGACCCCAGCCCACGCCCAGCCUCAGCGGUUCCUGCCCCAACGGCUGGAAGACCAACAGCAACCUACGCUACUGUUACAAGGUGUUUCACUGGUCGCAACUGGACCAGAAGCUGAGCUGGCUGCAGGCUCACUUCUUCUGCCGCAAACACGGCGCCGACCUGCUGAGCAUAGGCAGCUCCGACGAGGAGCACUUUGUUCUCCAAGUGCUGCACGAGGCCUUUGGGGAGUCUGAGGACCACGAGCAGCACUGGUUUUGGAUCGGUCUGAACCGCAGGAACCCGAUGGAUAAUGGAAGCUGGAAGUGGAGUGACGGAUUGGCUGUCACGUACCAGAACUUCGGCCGGUACUACUACAACGUCAGGCAGUGCGCUGCGGCAGAUCUGGGUUCCAUGACCUGGCUGGCCAUGCACUGUGACUCUCAACUGGACUGGAUCUGCAAGAUCCCUCGAGGAAGCAUUGAAAAGGAACCAGAAGCCACCGAAGGAACCACGUCGCCAGAAUGGAUCGGCUUUCAGGAGGCCGAGUACAAGUUUUUCGACCACCGCACCACGUGGGACCAGGCCCAGAGAAUUUGCUCCUGGUUCGAUUCCUCCCUGGCCUCCGUCCACUCGGCGCAGGAGGAGAAAUUCCUGGCGGGCACGCUGAACCAGAUGGUAAAAGUGGAGGGCGACAACUGGUGGCUGGGACUUCACACUUACGACAACGACGGGCGAUUCCGCUGGUCCGACCGCUCUGUGCUCAACUACAUUUCCUGGGCCGCCGGCAGGCCACGCCCCCUCAGUCGCGACCGCAGAUGUGUGCACUUGACCGCCAGCAAAGCAGAGUGGGCCGAGCAGAAGUGCCACUCCGACCUGCCGUACAUCUGCAAGAGGGUCAACGUCACCGGCACCGCCCCACCGACGCCGGCGUCACCCCACCCGCCGUCGGGCUGCCCCGAAGGUUGGACCUCGUACCAGCGCAAGUGCUUCCGAGUGUUCGAGCUCCAGUCCCAGAGGGCCACGUGGUCUGCGGCCAAAAUCAAAUGCGAACUGCAAGGGGGCGUCCUGGCCGUGGUGUCCAAUCAUCUGGAGCAAGCAUUCGUCACCACCCUGCUGUCCAACGCCACCGUCCACCUGUGGCUCGGCCUCAGCUCCGACGCCAAAGGUCACUUCCAGUGGGCGCAGCCGGGCCUGCUGGGCUACACCAACUGGGCCCCGGGACAGCCCGUGGACAACAACGGGCCGCACCACGACAAAACCCCGGGGAACUGCGUGGCCGCGAUUCACGGCAACCCGCAGAAGAACAAGGGCAUGUGGGCCUCCCGGGCCUGCGAGACCGAAAGCCUCGGCUACCUCUGUCAGAGGCAACAAGAUCCAGGCAUGCCCGCGGCACCCGCCCUGAUUCCCGCCUCCCUGUCCAAGCGCCUGGAGCUGGGGGGCAUCACGUACCAGGUGGUCCAGAAGCGACUGGACUGGACCGGCGCCCUGCACCUGUGCAACUCUUUGAACGGCACCUUGGCGGCGCCCAAAGAUCCCGUCCAGCAGGCGUACCUGACGUUGCUCAUCAACAGCUUGCGGCGGCCGGCGUGGAUCGCGCUUUACAACUACGGGGGGCGAAGUUUCACGUGGCUGGGCGAGGAAGAUUUGCCUUAUUCCAACUGGGUGGAAGGGCAGCCCAAUCAGCUGUCGGGGUGCGGUCACAUGACCACCAGCGGCCUGUGGACCAUGACCCCCUGCGAUGCCAAACUCGAUGCUGCCAUCUGUCAAAUUAGCGACGCCCCGGUGAGCCACCAGUGGAUCUACCCGGGAAGUUGCCCCCGCGCGCUGGGCGACUGGGCGUGGGUGUCCUUCAGGAACCACUGUUACGCCUUCAACCUGCAAAGACUCAAACUGCAGCAAGACGCCCGCUCGUCCUGCGAGAAAGUCGGAGCCGAGCUUCUCUCCAUCUUGGACGAGACGGAGAACGCCUUCGUGUGGGAGCACAUCCAGAGCUCGGCCGAGCAGGCCCACGGAGCUUGGCUGGGAGUCAGCGUCAAAGGCCGGGGUCUGGUGUGGAGCGAGGAGACGGAGAUGUCCUACACCAACUGGGAGUCUCACGACGUGGCCUUUUCCGUGCUGUCGCCCAACUCCUGCUUCUGGAUCCAGAGCAACAGCGGCCUUUGGAAGCCCGGCUCGUGUCAGAAUCGAACGCACGGUGUCAUCUGCAAGCGGCCCAGAAUUAUCGAGUCUUCCACCGAGUUGCUGAGCGGCGACCACCUGCCCACGCUGAUCGUGGUCCUGGUGACGGCCGUGGUUCUGGUGGUCCUGGUCGUGGGCAUCAUCUACCUGUACCGGCGGCGCGGCGGGGUGGGCGCCCGGGGGUCUUACGACGGCGCCCGCUACAGCCGCACGCAUUCGGGCCAGGGCGACCAGGUGGAGAAGAACAUCCUGGUGUCGGACAUGGAGCUCAACGAGCAGCCCGAGUAGAACCUUGAGAACUGGGCCGGACUGGACCGGAGGCUUCCUUUAUUUUGCAAAGCCAAAAAUAAUAUUGAGACAAAGAAUCCCCUAAAAAGUGAAAAAGCUGUGUAGAGCGCAGCAGCGUCUCAAUUGAAAGGAGACAAAAUAUGCAUCUUCUCCCCCCCCCCCCUACACAAUUUGAAACCUUCCCACGUUUUUCAAUCACAUGUCUGCGACAUGCUCUCGUCAAAACACCGCAAGGAUUAAACAUUUACAGCACAAUUUUUACCCAACAAAUGAAACCCUCCAGUUUUGUCACGCAAAUGAUGGGGAAGCUAACCCCCCCCCACCCCCAUCCCCCACCCCCGCGCCCUCCCCCUCUGCCGCGGGGCCGAGCCGAACGCGCCUUUCCGUUACUGUGACACAGCUCGGGGGUUGCGACGACGCGAGCGGCCACACAAAAAAAAAAAGAAAAUGAAAGAUUCGAUUUGCGGUUUCAUUCAUGGGGGGGGCUGGGGAGGGGGGGGUCACUUCAUCGCUGAGUCGACAAUUUUGCUAAUCUGCGCUAGCACUGCAGCUCUCGCUUGUCAUUCCGCACGAAAAUGACGACUCUCUACCUAGUCUAGGUAUUAAAUCAUGGGUGGAGAAAGCCCCCACCUCCACCUUCCCACCCCCGGAUUAUGUAAUUUACAAAAAUUCAUUUUCGGAAUAGGAAGCCCACAAAAUAUUGAUUCGUUUGUUCAAUUUCAUGCCUAUGCAGUUGCUGCCUUGAGAUACGAGCGCCUUGACGUGAGUGUUUGAGGUCGGCGCUAAAGCAAACUUUGCAGCAUCCGACACGAAUUGCGGGCAGAACAUUUGACUUUUUUUCCAAUUUUCAUUUAUUAUUUGAUGAAUUUUACAACCCAGAGAAAAAUCUGCAGAAAUCACGCAAUUUUGGGGCAGUUUUUUUCCAAUUUUUUUUUUUUGCAUGUCAUUAUUUUUAUCUUGUGCAGUAAUGUGAUGUAUGAAAAAAAAUAGCAGAUUUUAAAAGGGCUAUUAUCGGUCAAUUAAUUGGUCGAUACUGACAAAAUACAUUAGUUAUUGUUUGGUGUUUGUAUUUUCUGUGGUUGCAGGUUAUUUGGAGAAAAAAUUUGAUUGUACAAAAGAAAAAAAAUCAUGUGAAAAGAAAAAAAAACUUGGUGUUUUGGGGGAAGGCUGGAACGGAUUAAUUUGAUUUCCAUUCAUUCCAAUGGGAAGGCAUGAUUUGAGAUAAGAUCGUGGCGCCGGAACGAAUCCAACUGGUAUCUCAAGGCGCCGCUGUACAGGAAACGACAGAACCUUUUUCUCGCCGAGGAUCUCGUCGCUCCCCUGCCGGCAAAUUCCGUUUUUUCUUCUCGCUUAAAACCGAGACAAGUCCAGCGCGAGCGCCGCCGUGUUUGGUGCCCGCCCCCUUUCCCUUUGGACACGUCAGCAUCCGAGGAAGACGAAACCGACCGAGGAGGAGGAAGAGGAGGAGGAGGAGGAGGAGGAGGAGGAGGUGGCGUCCUCAUUUCCAGUGACGCCACCUCCUGUUCCGUUCUUGCACUUUUUCUUUUGCCUCCAGCUGGUGCUGACUCAGCGCUUUUUCCCCCUCUCUGUUAUUCACACACUUCUUCACAUGUUUUGGUCAACAUUUUUUCUCUUCUCUUUCUUUCUCGCUUCUUUCAACAUCAACAGAUGAGAAGGCUUCCCUCGCGCUUCUUUUUUGAGUACGUUUUGGAACAUUUGCCAUCCUCAAAUCAAAACGUCUCCUAAUUCGAAACCCUGACACUAUCUAAAAAAAAAACAAAAAAAAAAAAAACUGAAAAUGUUCUUUCUCUCCCGGUCUUGCGCGGACUUGAAACUCAUCCUUUGAAACCCUCCACUGACUCAGAGCCGCGUUUUCGCAAUCCAACCCACACCAACACAUAUUUGAAAUCCGUUUUAGAAAGCAGAACUCGGACUUCAAACCCCGAUUCGAAACCGCUUUGUUUUGGAACCCUAUCAGUCAAAUUCGUGUGUUGUCAACGUGUCUCCUCUUUUUCUUUUUCUCUUUUUUUCCCAUCAAGAUAUUUGGAGACUUUUCCGGCUUUUUCUUUUUUUUUUUUUUGUCAAGUUUUGUUUCUUUAGGAACAUUUUGCCCCCCUCCCCUCACUUCCCGACACCAAUGUAAAUACCAGAUUGUUGUUUUUACCACCCAAAAAGCAGAUCUAGGAUCAUUUCCCUGUCUCCCCCCCCCACCCCCCGCCUGCAGGAAUGUUUUUGUAUGUGUGUGCGCGCGCCCGCCGCUGUAUGGAUUUGGACUCAGAUGGGGGGGGGGGGCAGAAGGUGUGUGUGUGUGUGUGCUUUCUCCAGCUGUGGAAUGUUGAGUCUGCAAGAAGAGCCCAGUGGCACGUCUGGAACCAAUCGGAAAAGAGAAAGAGUUGAAGAGUGGGUGGUUUCGGCUGUG